AUGCCUCCAAAAAGACCAGAACCAAAGAAAUGGAAAGCUCCCAAGGGUCCAAAACCUAUUCAAAGGAGAAAUAAAAACACGAUUGGCUUAGGUAAAGCCCUCCAAUAUGCUCGUUCCAAAGAAAAUUCCAUUCAAGUUUUGCCUGAUGGAGAAGUACAAUUUACAACUGAUAAGCAUGAAGCUAACUGGGUUAAAUUAAGAAGUGUUACGCAAGAAUCAGCGUUAGAUGAAUUUUUAAGUACUGCAGAACUAGCUGAUAAGGACUUUGCUGCUGAUAGACAUUCUAACGUUCAGAUAAUCAGAAUGGAUAGCAGUGUGGAUAAUGCGUCUAGUCAAGGUUUCAUGAUGACCAAUGAACAAAAAAAUAAACUAGAUGCCAAACAAAGGGAACAUGCGAAAGAAUUGAUUGUUCCUCGGAGACCGGCUUGGUCCAAAUCUAUGACAAGAUAUGAGUUAGAAAAAUUGGAAAAGGAAGCAUUUUUGAAUUGGAGAAGAAAAUUGGCCAUGCUACAAGAAAAUAAUGAUGAUUUGCUAUUGACCCCAUUUGAGAGAAAUAUUGAAGUUUGGAGACAACUAUGGAGGGUCGUUGAAAGAUCCGAUUUGAUCAUUCAAAUUGUUGAUGCCAGAGAUCCAUUGCUAUUUAGAUCUGUUGAUUUAGAGAGGUACGUUAAGGAGGUAGAUGAAAGAAAACAAAAUUUACUAUUGGUGAAUAAAGCUGAUUUAUUGACUCGUAAACAGAGGAUUACGUGGGCCAAAUAUUUUAUUUCUAAAGGGAUAUCCUUUAGAUUUUUCAGUGCUGCCAUUGCUAAUGAACUUUUGGAAAAAAGAAACGAAUUUGGGGAUUCGUAUGUCUUUGAAAAAGAUUUUUACGAAGAUUCUAAAGAUACUGACGGGACAGAAGAAAAUCUUGAAGCCUUACUUUCGGAAAAAAUCAAAAUUUUGAAAAUUGAACAAUUGGAAGAAUUAUUCAUUGAAAGUGCUCCCAAAGAACCGUUACUUCCUCCAUUGCCGGGACAAGAAUCCUUGAUUCAAAUUGGUCUAGUCGGUUAUCCAAAUGUAGGUAAAUCUUCUACAAUCAAUGCCUUAGUAGGUGCAAAAAAAGUUUCAGUUUCUUCUACACCAGGGAAAACCAAGCAUUUCCAAACCAUUAGAUUAUCUGAUAAGAUCAUGUUGUGUGAUUGUCCGGGUUUAGUUUUCCCUAAUUUCGCUUAUGACAAGGGUGAAUUGGUUUGCAAUGGUGUUUUACCUAUCGACCAAUUACGGGAAUAUAUGGGGCCUUGUACUUUAAUUACCCAAAGAAUACCGAAAUACUAUUUAGAGGCCCUUUAUGGUAUACAUAUUCAAGUAAAAUCUGCGGAAGAAGGUGGCAAUGGUGAAACUCCAACUGCGCAGGAGUUAUUAGUUGCCUACGCUAGAGCUCGUGGUUAUAUGACUCAAGGAUUUGGGUCUGCUGAUGAGUCAAGAGCCAGUAGGUAUAUUUUAAAAGAUUAUGUUAAUGGUAAACUAUUAUAUAUUAAUCCACCGCCGCAUUUAGAAGACGAUACUCCUUUCACUAAAGAAGAAUGUAAAGAAUUUAACAAAGAAUUGUACACCUUUAGUAAUUUACCUAUUAAUAGGAAAGAACAAUUGUUAGAAGCUGCUAAACAUAAGAAUUUGAGUACCCUUGAUUUGGCUCGUGACUUGAAUAAUUUAACUUUUUCUGCCCAUAUCGGUGCCGAUGGUGAUAAGGAGGCUAAAGCAAUUACACACGGUGGUAAACAAGCAGCAUUAUACAAUGCAGCUGAUGAUUUAGAUAAAGAAUUUUUCAAAAUGAAUAAUCUUGAGGGUGUGAUGUCUACUCCUUUCCAUCUUCAAAAACUACAAGGGGGAUCUUCCAAAAAACAUAAUAAGAAGAAUAAGAAGGGUAAAAAAAAGGCUACUAUGUAUGAUUAUUGA